AUGUCUAGUGAGAAAAUGCUAAUUAGAACAUUAUUGGAAGAAUAUGCUGAAAGAGGGAAAAUGGGUCGCCCUGUAGCUCAACAAGACGAUACGUUAGUUGUUAGUUAUGGUCUCAGUCUUAUACAAAUUUUAGAUCUAGAUGAGAAAAAUCAAGUUUUAUCAACCAAUGUUUGGGCAACUUACAAUUGGAAUGAUAUGUAUCUGAAGUGGGAAGCUAGUAAUUAUAGUGGUAUUCAUACAAUUCGUGUACCCACCAGUGAUAUUUGGAUGCCAGAUAUUAAACUUUAUAAUUAUGCUGAUACACGUUUAGAAGAAAAGAGAGAUGCUCUGGCAGUAUUAUCAAGUGAUGGUAGUGUUGUCUGGAUACCACAAGCUGUCUUCAAAAGCUCUUGCUCUAUAGACAUUAGACAUUUCCCAUUUGAUGUCCAAACAUGUACCAUGAAAUUUGGCUCCUGGACAUAUGAUGGUUCUAAAUUAGAUUUACAAUUACUGUAUAACGUCAGUGGCUUUGAGAUGACAGAUUACAUGCCAAGUAAUGAAUGGGAGAUUAAAGAGUCCAGUGCUAUCAAAAAUGUCAAAUAUUAUCCAUGUUGUCCUGAACCGUAUGUCGAUGUUACAUUUACGUUAAAAAUCAAACGUAAAGUUGCCUUUUAUAGUUAUAUACUGAUAUUGCCUUGCCUCUUGUUAUCAUCUUUAACUCUUGUCCUCUUCUGGCUUCCACCGGAAUCACCUGCCAAAAUGCAGCUUGGUAUGAAUAUAUUCGUAGCGUUUUUCGUCUUAUUACUGCUUCUCGCCGAAUCGACUCCACCAGCCGCCUCUUCUAUACCCUUAAUUGGUGCAUAUUACUGUUUGAACAUGAUACUGAUCACGUUGUCUACCUUAUUAUCAGUGGUUGUUGUCAACCUUUAUUUCCGUGGAUAUAGAACGAAAGUUCCGAAAGUUUUUAAAGUUGUUAUGAUUGAAUUUUUCGCUCGAGUGUUUUGUAUGAGAAAACAUCUAGUAGAGGCACAACCUGGUGAAUCUCCUCAAGCAACUCAAAAUAGAGGGCACUCGGAAUUUAAAUAUGAUCGUGUUGGUGUGUAUGAAAUGCAAACAGAAGAUUCGUGGCGUAUGCUUUCCAACGGAACACCGUUAUUGAAUGACCCAGAUAAUCCUUUUGAACGCCAUUACAAUUCAUUACCUAAUGCUAUUACUAACUUAGAAAAGGAGAUCAAGGAUAUCAAACAAUAUUUAAAAGUGAUUGUGGACAAAGCAGGCGAAAGGGAAGGGAAAGAGAAGGCUGCUAGAGAAUGGAAAAAUGUAGCCUUAGUCCUGGAUCGACUCUUCUUUUUCUUAUAUUUAAUUGCCAUGUUUGCCUCGGCGUUCACGAUAUUUGAAACAACGCUAGUGCAAGAAAAUUAA